AGGUACGGGGCGGUGGGGACCAUAAGGACGGUUACGGAGAAGUUAAGGUAGUUAUUGGCGGUUUAUUGCCGUUUCGUGAUACAUCGGAGGGCACUGGUCAGAGGGUUUGGUUGGUGUGGAAUUAGGACGAAAUAGCGUUAGAGUAGGAAUAUUUAAACAUUCACACUUAUGGCGGGCUGUUCACUAUUUUGAUCACAUUUGUGAGGUACCGGUUGUGGCACACAUUCGUUGAGAGGCGUGUUUGAAACAAAUUGACGUACAUUUCGUGAUAUAGUUUUAACAGUAGUAACUGAAAUAUUGUGAGCUGAUAUUUAAUUUUACCAUUAUUUUUUGUACAAGUUCAUUCAGUAAAAUGAAUUACAUGGAAAUUUCGUUGCCCAAUUACACAUACAUGUUCAACUUUGAAGAGGAAUUCAAGCAUCAGGAUACAAGAGUUUGGAUGGUGAAGAACUGGACAAAGAGCUUCUACUAUUGUGGAAUCUACAUGAUUUUGAUAUUUGGUGGGAAGCAUUAUAUGCAAAACAGGCCGAGAUAUGAACUUCGUGGAAUUCUGUCAGUUUGGAAUACAGCAUUGGCGGCGUUCAGUAUCAUUGGAGCAUGUAGAACAGCGCCCGGUUUCUUCCACGUUCUCAAGAAUUACGGUUUCUACCAUUCCGUCUGCAUGACAAGCUUCAUCGAUCAGGACCGGGUGUCCGGUUUCUGGACUUGGAUGUUUGCAUUAUCAAAACUUCCAGAAUUAGGAGACACAGCAUUCAUCGUACUACGGAAACAGCCUCUGAUAUUCCUCCACUGGUAUCAUCACGUGACAGUGCUCCUAUACACCUGGUAUUCAUAUUCAGAAUACACAGCUUCAGCACGAUGGUUCAUCGUUAUGAAUUACUGUGUCCAUUCCUUGAUGUAUUCAUAUUAUGCGCUCAGAUCAAUGGGUUACUCAACUCCAAGAUCGUUUGCUAUGAUCAUUACACUAUGUCAGUUGGCUCAGAUGAUAAUUGGAUGUGCAAUCAAUAUCUGGGCACAGCAGGUGAUCCAGCAAGGUUUACAGGAAUGCCACAUUUCACCUACAAAUACAAAGGUGUCGCUUAUCAUGUACUUUAGUUACUUUGUGCUGUUUGCUAGGUUCUUCCAGAAAGUGUAUUUUGGGAAUGGUAGGAAGGCAAAAGGUGCAACAUCAAAUGGAAUAUCAUCAGUACACAGUAGUGACAGCAAGCUUAAGGUUCCCUGAAUGUGAAGUAAAUUAGGCCUAUUGUAACAUCGUAAUUGACUUCAGGUUCCUUCUUAAUUACCAGUCUGGAUAGUUGAACAUUUCUGGAACAGUGGAACAAAUUGAAUGCAUCCUGUAUUCAUAUAAAGUCAUUUUUUAUAUAUUUGCUAAAAAGGAAUGGUGUUUUUUUUUUCUGGUGAAGUUCUCACUUUGUGAUAAAUGCAUUGUACAUUUACACUGUGCCUCUUUUUUGUUGUGCAAAAUUGCACAUGUUGUUAUGUGCUGUGCUGAAUGCAUCCUGAUCCUUUCUUUGUGCAGUGCUUUAAUCAUUUAAACCACAAGGAACAUGUGCAGUACUUGAAAUAUGGUACCGGGGGUGGUAUGUGGUGCUCUUCAUGUGGAAUUUUUUAUGAUUUCAACAAAAAGAGAGAAAAGUUGGUGGAGAAAAAAAUUACUCAAUUGUUAUUAAGAGCUACCAUUACUGAAGUGAGCGCAUGGAAAGUAGUUUUUACAAGCUUCACAUGAAUGACAGGAGGUGAUACGCAUUUUUGCCAUGAUUACUGCCUGUAGUCAGCAGUGAAAUCAAAAGAGUUCUCUUCUUUGCUCCUCUUACUGAAUUUUGCUGUUAUUAAUAUCAGUGCUACUCUGGAGAAAUGAAGGCUGAAUAAUCAAAUACUUUUUGACUGAUAGAAGUGCAUAAGGUAAUUCCACUCUGCAUUGUUAUUCAUGUCUCAAGAUGCAUGGAAGAAGGGCACUGCAUAAAUAUUGCUUAAUAAUGACGUGUUUGGAUGCAUUUCCCAUCUAGGUACAUGUUCGUCUUAUUCAGAUAGAGUUGCAGAAUACUUCAUUCCUCCAACAUCUAUAGUUUUGGGAGUGGUGAUGGCCUAAUAUUAUGGGUCACUGUUUCAAAAUUAAUUUGUCAGUUUUAAGAAUAAAUUUGGAACUCACAGAAGUUUCUAAACAAUCUGGAAGAGAAAUGGCAUUUGUUAAUUUUGUUCUGGUCUUUAAAUAUUAAUAUACAGUAGUGAUUAUUCAGUCCAUAUUAUUGCCACUAAUCUUAUUAAAAUAGAACUUUUUUUGCUGGGUGUGGCAGGUUGUUGGUUAUGAUAACUUUACAUUGUAACUUGUUCAAAGGAUGAGGCUGGCAAUAUAUUGGAAAUAUUCUCA